AGUUAUUACUAUAAAUUAGAUAAAACGUGAAUUAAUAAUCAAACUAUAUUAAAAUGAUUCGUUGAAUUAAAACACUCAAACUUGGAAACGCAGUCAGCGCCAGUUUACUUACUUUAGUUGUUUUGCACUAUUUGUUCCCCAUCUUGAGCUGAUAGCUAUGGCUUCCUCUCUGUUACUUGUUGUGGUGUUUGUGUUUGAUCUCAUUGCUUUUGCUCUUGCUGUUGCUGCUGAGCAGAGAAGGAGUUCUGCCAAUUUAGCCAAAAACAUUGAAGGUAGAAAGUAUUGUCAAUAUGAUUCUGACAUUGCCACCGGCCUAGGUGUUGGGUCCCUCUUUAUCCUUGUUGCAAGUCAAGUGAUCAUUAUGGUUGUAACUAGAUGCCUGUGCUGUGGGAGAGCCAUGAGACCUAGUGGAUCCAGAUCAUGGGCAAUUUGUUUAUUCAUCACUACCUGGUUGACAUUUCUCAUUGCUGCUUCAUGUCUUCUAGCGGGUUCAGUGAAGAAUGCUUACCACACAAAGUAUAGAGAUCUAUUGGGAGAGAGAGCACCUUCAUGUCAAACAUUGAGGAAAGGAGUAUUUGGAGCUGGAGCUGCUUUCAUUGUUCUUACAGGAAUAGUCUCUGAGCUUUACUAUGUUAGUUUUUCAAAAGCUAAUAAUGGUGGAGUCCCUCCCUAUGCUAGAGACACAGGUGUGACCAUGAGUAAUUUGUAAAUUUAAUGCAAUGUAUCCUACUUAGGACUUUGGGAGGAAGUGUAUUACUAUUAACUUGACUUAUUACAUGGAUGUGAAUUGUGGGAGUCUAUAAUUAUGAAGCUAGGUUGAAAAAGAGUUUGUUUAGAGUUUAGAAGACUAUGUUCUUUAAUUAAAUUUGGAUUGCUUUGACUCUUAAA